AUGCCACAUACAGUUGAUGAUAUUGAACCGACUUUAAGUCUUCGCGUGAAGCAAGAUGUAAAUGAUUCAAAGAACUGGGAGACGCGCUAUGUUCUUAUCCUUUGGUUAUCAAUCUUAGUAAUGGUCCCUUUCAACUUAGAAAGUCUUGACAGUUUUGGAAAGAAACUUAUAAUUGAGCGUGAUGAGCGUACUCAAGAAGCAGCUGCUUUCCUUCUCGCACAUACUGUUACCCGGCCAGAUGCACUUCAUUCCCAGUUGCCAUCAAUAAUUUCUUCUGCAAUUAAAAACCUAACUUUUGCUGAUGUUAUCAACGUACAAGACCAAAUGCAGGUAUGCGGCACCCUCAGAAGUAUAGCCAAUAUAUGUAAACUCGGAAGCCGCACUGAAUUGUUACCUUAUGCGAGUGAUCUUUUACGUGCAGUGCUUCACUUGCCCGGAGAUUCUUCCAAGGGGAUUCUUUUAUGCCGUCUUGAAACAAAAGUUUUACAACGAAUUGGUUUGUUAUUUUGUCCACCAAUAAAUACAACAUGGCAGUACCAACGAGGAUCUCGAUCACUGCAAGAAAACUUGGAAUCUCUUCUGAUGAAUCAUGACAAAAAUUCUUCAGUCUCUGCAAAAGUUACUGAUCACUCGCCAUACACAAGUUUUCAAAAUAAUAUCUCAGGUGAUAUUUCUGGGGAUUGUUCAUUAACUAUGAACCAUGAAUUUCCCAACACAGACGAAGUUGCAGAAGUCAUCGACAAACUGAUAAGCGCUUUGCGCAGUCAAUUUACUGGGGUUCGUUGGUCUGCUGCCAAAGGGAUCGGACGUAUUUGUUCUCGUCUUUCCAGUUCAAUGGUAAAUGAUGUUCUCUCGGCUGUACUAUCAUUGUGUACAAAACUUGAACCAUAUACUGCAUGGCAUGGAGCUUGUCUUGCUUUGGCUGAACUUGGCCGGCGCAACCUUCUUUUACCAUCUAAAUUACCAGAAGUGAUUCCAGUCGUUUUACGAGCUCUAUUUUAUGAUGAGCGGUCUGGUGAUCAUAAUUAUGGAUCAAAUGUUCGAGAUGCUGGCUGUUAUGUUUGUUGGGCAUUCGCAAGAGCAUAUCAUCCUAAGGAUUUCCUGGAUUAUGUUGUUCCUAUUGCAAGCUCUCUAGUCUUAGUUAGCCUAUUCGAUCGAGAGGUUAGUGUACGUCGAGCAGCGUCAGCUGCAUUCCAAGAGAACGUGGGCAGACAGGUGCGAAGUAAUAAUAAUAAUCAGUUUUCUGUUCAAGACGAUCGAGAAGACGCUACUAAAUCACAAUUUGUUUUCGUUGUGAUUGUUGUUCCUCUUUUUAAAUUUCUGGACUUAUUACUGAAUGAUCCGAUUUUCAACUCAACAAUUGAUCCAAACAGUUCAAUUCUUUUACAACUAAUGGAAAGUGUAUGGAAUGAAACUAAACUAACUAAAGAUGUACAACGUAUUAAAGCUGCUAUCGAUAUAUUUGGUGGGAUGUUACAAUUCACUGGGUCUGUUCGAAAACGAUCUCUAUCAUUAAUGAUGAUCAUAUUGGGAUCUCGUUACCCAGUUAUUCGUAAAGCAACCGCAACAGAAUUGUAUGAAGGUUUACUGGUUUAUGAGUUAUGUCCAUCUGAGGUAUUAGAUCAAGUAUCAUCUAUACUUACUGAAACCAUCUGGGAAGGUGAUAUUGAAGCAGUCAGACCAAUUCGUAAUCAACUUUGUGAAUUAUUUCAAGUUCCUGUACCAAGAGCAACGAGUAAGACUCAGAACCAUACAUCACCAGCUUGA